AUGUCGUCGUCCGAAAACAUCUUUGAGACUUUUGGUUACGUGCCCGAUGUACAAUCAGCGGAAAAGCUUUUACACGAACACGAAUUAGAAACAACAACUAGCUUUGUUAUGUAUUACAACUGCGGUGUUGGCAAAGGUGCACUUCAAACGAACUCUGGGUCAUGUUAUUACCGUGGACACCCCAAAACUGCAUCAAAAAAGUUGCGGAAGGCGUUAGAAGAGAAUACUGUCGGAGAAAGUGAAAGGCUUGACUUGAGAAACUGCAUUUAUGAGCCUGUAGUGAAGAACCAAUGGUCAAAGGUGGACCAAGAAAAUUUAGGGAAGAAAAUUGAAGAAUGGCAGAGAGAAAGCCCAGAGUAUUUCAUCACGUUCGACCCAUAUGCUCAAGUGCAGGCUGAUUUUCAACAAAGUUGUGACGAUGGGGAUGAUGGUGACAAUGAUUCUGAAGAAGAAGUUGUUGAAGUAGACAGUGGAAAUGAGGGUCUCUUGUUUGUCCAUCAGACAAAAUGGCAAAGAAGACUUCUAUAUCACUAUGGCAAUGAGCUAAGUCUGCUUGACGCCACUUAUCGCACAACAAAAUAUGCCCUACCAUUGUUUUUCCUAGUUGUAAAAACAAAUGUGGACUAUCAGGUUGUGGGCAGUUUUGCUUUACAAAGUGAAGCAAGCACUAACAUCGAGAAAGCCCUCAAAGUCAUUUCUGACUGGAACCCAGACUGGUCGCCUAAAUCCUUUCUGGUGGACAACAGUGAAUCUGAGAUUGGUGCGGUGGAGCAGUUAUUUCCAGGUAUGAGAGUAAAUAUUAGAAUAGUGUAAUUUAAAAAGUGAAUGAUAAUGGUUUCAGGUGAAU